AUAAUAAUAAUUUAAGCGAAAAAUAAAUAUUUUGUCAUCAAUUGAAUUGUAUGGAUGACAAGCAAUGGCCAUCACUAAUGUUAACAUUAAACAAGAUAUUAGACAAUCAUUUGGCGAUACAGUUGGCGAUGAAGAGCUGAUGAAAGUCGACAAUAGUGUCGGCAUUUGGUCGUCAAUCUUACGUCAGGUACAAACCGGAUCCACUGCACGAUUGCCGGCAAACAAAUCGGUUGUCGUGUUGGGCGAAAAGGACGCCGGAAAGUCAUCACUGAUAGCCAAACUACAGGGCAGUAGUGAAUCCCGUAAGGGGACGGGUCUCGAGUAUCAUCCGCUUCUUAUCAGAGAUGAGGACAGGGAUGACCAAACACAGUGCGGCGUUUGGAUACUCGAUGGUAACUUCGAAAAGAGUUCACCGUUGCUUAGGUUUGCCAUAAAUGAACAGACAUUACCCGACACGACGGUAGUGUUGGUCACCUCGUGGACCAAACCGUGGGAAAUGAUUGCCAAUCUCGAGAAGUGGUCUGAAGUAUUGCGAAAUCACAUCCAAACACUUGAUCUCAAGCCAGAAGUUUUGAAUACAUAUAAGAAUCAAAUUAUAAAACGAUAUCAAGAGUACAAAGCGCCGGUCGAUGAUGUCAUGUCAUCGGUCUCUUUGGAUGAAAAUAUAAUAUCCGUCGAUACGGUAUGUGAUACUCUAGGUAUGGAUGUGUUAGUUGUGAUAACCAAAUCGGAUUACAUGUCGACACUGGAAAAAGAGUACUAUUAUAAGGAAGAGAUGUUUGAUUUUAUACAACAGUCUGUCCGACAGUUUUGCCUAAAAAUCGGUGCCGGACUGGUCUUUGUCUCUGUAAAAACGGGUCGCAACUGUGAUCUACUCUAUCGAUAUCUUUGUCACCGAAUCUAUGGACUGGAUUUUCAAACACCGGCUCAGGUGGUCGACAAAGAUGCACUGUUUGUGCCCAUCGGUUGGGAUAACGACCGCAAGAUAUCGAUACUCUACGAGAACAUGCAUUCCGUGUCGCCGGACAACGACUACAACGAUGUGAUCGCCCGACCAAUUGUACCACCGGUUCCGUACUAUGAGUUUACGGCCAACGCCGACAACGAUCAGGAAUUUCUUCGCCAAAUACAGACAAUGUUAGGCCAGGAGACGACACGUUUCAGUAGUACCGAAGCUAACGGAUCCAACCAUAUGACACCUGUCCAGCCAAAGACAACGGCCGAUUUUCGGCGCACACCUAUUAGAAGUCCAUCCAAUAAAAGUGGUAACGAAUCGAAUAACAAUACUCCCGAUGGACAGGGAGUUCUGAAGUCGUUUUUUGAGGGACUGCUCAUUAGAAAGUCAGGCGGAACUCCGAGUCCACGAUCUGCCCGUUCGCCCGAUAGUAUGGCUGAGCAUAGGCUGUCGGCACAGGAAGAAUUGGAACGUAUGACUGUUCAAAACAGAUCGACACCAAAAUAG